UAAUCAGGCCAUUGCAGAAGACAUUUCUCCAUUAGUUGAACUUGAAAUGGGAAAUUUAGUUAUUAGCGGACUCAAGAAUCUCUUUAAUGAGUAUAUUAUCAUACUUGAAAGAGCCCUUACUUAUGAAACAAGUGCAACGGAGCAAGAUAGUUCUAGAAUCAAGUUACCUGAGUCACUUACACAACAGGUUUCUAUUUUGGCCAAUUUGUCAACAUUGGUGCAGUUUCUCUCUACCAUGGUCAAAGAUAUCUUCAGCAUGGAUUCACAAUUGGUGGAGAACCACUCAGUUGGUUUUAAGCAUCAUGAACUCGAUGUUUUUCUGAUGUUUAUUGAAGAGGGCUUCAAUAAGUUGAGAAAUGUGUUCUGCCAGCAAUUAAUUCUCAGAGCUUUGUCUACUUGUAGCAGCCAUGAAAUAGCUUCAGCUAUUCACUAUAACGACCAAUUUGAUGCAAACAUGAUCCACAAUCCAAUGCCUUCUGCCAUUUUUCAGGUUUUAUUUUUAGAGCUGAGGAAAAUUGAAAAACUUGAAGAAGAAAAUGUGUUCGAAGUGAAUUGGUUAAUGGAAUUACUGAGAGAGGUGAUGGUGUGUAUGUUUAUUUGGGUUUCCAAGAGCAAGAAGAUAAAUGCAACAACAGAAGAGCAUGUUAGCUUACAAACUGAUGAAGCCAAACAGUUUAUUAUGGAUGUGCAAUUCCUAGUGGAAAUUGGAAUGUAUGGAGGAUAUUUCUCCACUGAUCCUUUACUUCUUCUCACUGUCAUGAAAUCAACCUUUAACUCAGCUGGACUUGACCCUUUCAAAGAUGCAGAUAGUGAUGAUUGGGCUAUUGAUAUUGCUACUAAAACAAUUCAAAAGCUGUUGGAGAUUGAGAAAACAAAUUUACAUCGAAAUGAGUCUAUAGUUACCAUCAAAGACAAAGAGGAGCUGCAUGAACAUGAAAACCAAAUCAAACAAUCUUCAAAUGAAUGUAAUUCUUCUGAAAUAGGUGAUAAACAUUCUUUAGGGGAUAAUAUAGAUGAAGAGGAGUAUGAGUCAGAAGUUGCUUUUGAUGCAGAAACAGAUUCAUCAACAUUUAGUCCUAGGGAGGGAUCAUUAGAAGAGAGAGACUAUUUUGAUAUAGAUAACAUUGAUUUUGAAAAGGCAGCAGAUGCGGGAAAUGAUGAAUUGACUCUUACACCUUCCUCAGGUGUGGAAGGACAGAGUUCUGAUCAAACUGAAUCAAAAUCAGAGGAGUAACACUGACUUACCACUGUAUAAUUUCUUCAAAAUAUAUCUAUAUAAUUUUAGCUUUCCACUU